ACCCACCCUCCCACCAUGCGGGGCCGCGGCCCAUGGUGAGCCCCAGCAGGCAGCACCAUCGGCUGGAGACGAAGAAGAAGAAGAAGAGGAGGCGGCGAGCGCGGGGGAAGGCGAAAAAGAAAAAGAAGGGGAGAGGGCUGCCAGCAGCACCGGGACCGACGCGCGCACCAGCCCCAGAGCCCGGCUCGGGCGCGGCUGCGGCGCCGCCCGACUCCCGAGCCCAGGCGGCGGCGGCCGGCGCUGGACCAUGGAGCGCGGGCUGCACCUCGGCGCGGCCGCCGCGGGCGAAGACGACCUCUUCCUGCACAAGAGCCUGAGCGCCUCCGCCGCCAAGCGCUUGGAGGCGGCUUUCCGCUCCCCGCCCCCGAGCAUGGACCUGUCCCUGGCGCCGCCGCCUCGGGAGCGCCCGGCGUCCUCCUCCUCGUCGCCUCUGGGCUGCUUCGAGCCGGCUGACCCCGAGGGGGCAGGGCUGCUGUUGCCGCCGCCCGGGGGAGGCGGCGGCGGCGGCGGCGGGGUGGGCGUCCCCGGGCUGCUCGUAGGCACCGCCGGCGUUGGGGGCGAACCUAGCCUGAGCAGCCUGCCGGCUGGGGCCGCUCUGUGCCUCAAAUACGGCGAGAGCGCCAGCCGGGGCUCGGUGGCCGAGAGCAGCGGCGGCGAGCAGAGCCCCGACGACGACAGCGACGGCCGCUGCGAGCUGGUUCUGCGGGCCGGCGGCGCCGACCCGCGGGCCUCCCCGGGCGCGGGAGGCGGCGGCGUCAAGGCGGCCGAAGGCUGCUCCAACGCCCACCUCCACGGCGGCGCCAGCGCCCCCCCGGGGGGCCCGGCCGGCAGCGGCGGCGGGGGCAGCAGCGGCGGGGGAAGCGGCGGCGGCGGCAGUGGCGGCGGCAGCAGCAGCAGCAGCAGCAAGAAAUCCAAAGAGCAAAAGGCGCUGCGGCUCAACAUCAACGCCCGGGAGCGCCGGCGGAUGCACGACCUGAACGACGCGCUGGACGAGCUGCGCGCGGUGAUCCCCUACGCGCACAGCCCCUCGGUGCGGAAGCUCUCCAAGAUCGCUACGCUGCUGCUCGCCAAGAACUACAUCCUCAUGCAGGCGCAGGCCCUGGAGGAGAUGCGGCGCCUCGUCGCCUACCUCAACCAGGGCCAGGCCAUCUCGGCCGCCUCCCUGCCCAGCUCCGCGGCGGCGGCGGCGGCGGCCGCUGCCCUGCACCCGGCGCUCGGCGCCUACGAGCAGGCUGCCGGCUACCCGUUCAGCGCCGGGCUGCCACCGGCCGCCUCCUGCCCGGAGAAGUGCGCCCUGUUCAAUAGCGUCUCCUCCAGCCUCUGCAAACAGUGCACGGAGAAGCCUUAAACACCCCCCACCCCCGAAAAACAUAAGACCGACCCCAAAGCUAGAGGAGAGUGAAAAGCUGCUCCCCAACCCCCUUUAUUUGGUCCUCUCGUAGUCGUGAAACACUUGCAGAGAAAACAAAGCAGAGGCGAGAACUGCGGAGAACUAUCAGAGACAAACGGGACUUCUGGCCUCGACAUCCCCAGAAUCUCGGUCUUCGGGGUGGGGAGGGAGGGAGGAGGGAGGUGGAGUUGGGAUAGAGUAUGGAUGUCUUUUUUUCUCGGAAAAGUGGCAACUUUGGUGGCAGCCUAGACCGCGAGGAAGCAGAGUUUUCCUUUAAGGGUAAAAAAUAAGUUGAGAAGUAGGUGUUAUUAAGCGUGGAGAGUAUUACGUGGCAAAAUAGUAAUCCUACUAAUAAUUGUGAAUUUGGCCAGUGCUGAGGGGGAGAGGAGUCGUCCGGGGUUGGGUGGCUUGUGGCACGGAAUAUUCAUUCAGACAAAUCAGAAAGGGCACUUGAAAAUAAAUUUUGAUUCUGAGCCAGGAGAAAAACUUGAAAUGUAGAUUUAUUUAAAUGAAGAAAAGAAAAACAAAAAACAAAAACAGGAAGAGACACGUUGCUAUGAAAGACUUGUAUUUUUUAUUGUCUCUGAACUUUAAUCCUGUGAAAAUGCUCAAAAGUUUUGGCAAGAGUGAUAUUAAAAAAAAACUGACUGUGGCUGAAAGAAUUGCAUUUAAAAAUAUUUAUGUGCACCUUGUUACUUUCCACUCUGCAAUGAUGUAUUAACGAUUCAUGGUAUUUAUUUGUUAUUCUUCAAUGACCCUUCCACAUCAACAGUAUUUAUCCUGUGUUAAGGUCAUGGGGUCUUAUGUGCAGAUUUUUUUUUAAUGCCUCUAAAAUUCUGUUUUAUAGAUUAACUUAUAUUGUGUGCCAAGUGUUUAAAAGGGUUUAUUUGCCAACAAGUAUGAAGAGACAUAUUGAUGUAUCUGAGCUGCUUAGGUUUAUCAAAGGUCACCUGGAUAUCUUCAGCUGCAUCAUCCCUGUAUUUAAAUUGAGCUUUAAUAAAUUGCUUCAGUCCAAAAAUUACAGGAAAGGUGUAUUCUUAAUUGAUGAAUGAAUUGAUCUCUUUUUUUGAAAGGGGACUCCUUUGCAUUCUAAAAAGGAAAGACAUCACAGCAAUAGAUCCUAUAAGUAAGAACAUGCUAAGCAAAUAUUUUUCCAGGCUGUGCUGUGCAUUUUUAAAAGGUCUAAUUUAAUUGCUUUUAAUAUAUGUAUACAUAUAUAAGUUAUUUUAACUGGAGAAUUAUUUAAGUUGAAAGACUGGUUUGAUUUGCCUAUGGUGUCAAAUCCUUUGUUAUUUUUCUAAAAAAAUUUUUAAAAGAAAUAAAAUAAAACUAAGGAAGAGCAAGAAGCUAUUUACCCAAAGCGAGCUUUCAGUUUUAGUUUGCAUGGCUGUUUGCCUGCCUUUCUAUCCUACGAAAAUCAAGAAAACCUUUUUUAAAAAUGGAGUCCUGCUAUUUUCCACUCCUUGCAGAUAAUACUAAUUCAGUUUGUCAGGUUGGAUGGUGAGUGGGGAGCUAUGAUGGAUCUAUUGGCGGGUUUUGGAUGUGUAAAGAAUGAUAUAUAUAUUAAAUAGGUCAAUCAGACUAUGACAGCUAUGUACAACCAUUUGUAUGUGUAUCUAUGUCAGAGAGAAUCUUUAUUAAAAUAUUUUGAUCAAACA